UGCGCCUUGGUGCGGAAGAGCGAGACGGCGGACUGGGGAGGGGGCGGGUGUCGCCGUCGCUUGCUUUGCCGCCGCCGCCGCUUCUGUCAGUUCCGGCUGCUGGGUCGGCUUCGUGAGAAGGAGGCGCCGCUGUUGCCGCCGCCGCCUGAGGAGAACUUGGCCUUCCCGCGACGGCACCAGGGGCACCCGGCGGUCCUCCCCUCCCCCAGCCUCGCCGGCCAUGGCCCGGGACUACGACCACCUCUUCAAGCUCCUCAUCAUCGGCGACAGCGGUGUUGGCAAGAGCAGUUUGCUGUUACGUUUUGCAGACAACACUUUUUCAGGCAGCUACAUCACCACAAUUGGAGUAGACUUCAAAAUCCGAACAGUUGAGAUUAAUGGAGAAAAGGUCAAGCUGCAGAUCUGGGAUACUGCUGGACAGGAGCGCUUCCGGACCAUCACGUCUACGUACUACAGAGGGACACACGGGGUUAUUGUGGUUUAUGAUGUCACGAGCGCUGAGUCCUUUGUGAACGUCAAGCGGUGGUUGCAUGAAAUAAACCAGAAUUGUGAUGAUGUGUGCCGGAUAUUAGUUGGUAAUAAGAAUGAUGACCCAGAACGGAAAGUGGUGGAGACGGAAGACGCCUAUAAAUUUGCUGGGCAGAUGGGGAUCCAACUGUUUGAGACCAGCGCUAAAGAGAACAUUAAUGUGGAAGAGAUGUUCAACUGCAUCACAGAGUUGGUUCUGCGAGCCAAAAAAGACAACCUAGCAAAGCAGCAGCAGCAGCAACAGAACGAUGUGGUGAAGCUAACGAAGAACAGUAAACGGAAGAAGAACCGGUGCUGCUAAUGCCCUUUUCUCCUGCGGCAGAGACUGCGCCCUCGGACAGCUCAGCCCUUCCAGCCAGACGCAGGCGGCAAUUCCACUGGGCUAGGCCACGGGAGGACUCUUCCCCGCUCCCCCGCACACCCCUCAGUUUGUGCCGUUAUUUAAAUGAGUUCUCUCCACGUUUUUUUUUUCCGGUCAGGAGGCACCUUACCACAAUAGUGCCAAGGAGGUAUUGGAUGGAGGUGAUUCUGCCCCCUCUCCUUCCUACCUUAUUUUUUCACCCCCAAGAACAUCUUGUAGACAAAAAUGACUUUGCCUACCAAGUGGACUUUGGAUCUCAAGAGUUUUGUACAUAAUGUAUAUUUUGCUUUAACCAGCUGCACCUCCCUUGUUGUCGCUUCUGCCUUCUUAAUUAUCGACCAAUCAUGACUUCUUCAGAGUUCAUAAUUUCUUUUCUCCCUCCAAAGAGUACAGUACAAUGUCCUUAAGUGGAGCUGCCCCUUGUUGGCAUUCAUUCCUCUUCAGCCUUUGUUAACCUUCAGGCUAGGAUGGAGGCCUUAGCUACUUUUUCAGGCUGUGUGGGCAACCUUCCGAGAUUCCUUUUCCCCCAGACUCCAGAAUAGCCAAUUUUGCUGGAGCUUUGUCACUUCUUGGAAUAGCUGUGCUCUCUUUCUUCUCCCUAGCAGGGGGUGAGAGAGGCUUCCCACCCCACCCCAGUUUAAAUUAUCUGGCCAGUUAAAAUGAAAUCUUCGGCAAUUAGAUGUGAGACUUAAAACUAGUAUUAUCCCCACCCUGGUGGAAUCUCUCUCCAGCUACCAAAGUGUAAAUCUAUCAAAAACUAUUCCCCACUCCCGCACUCAUCAUUCUGCACACAGUUAUGGGAUGUGCAUUUCUCAAAAGUGCAUUUCUGGCUGCCAACAUUCUCAGUGGCUCUUGCUUGUUCCCUUCUUCCACAAGAGCUGAAGGGGCAUCUGGCUCUUCCAAAUGGUGCUUGCACCCAACAGGUGUCAACAGGCUAUUUUCUGUGUCCUUUAUCAGACCAGAGGUGAUCUCUUAGGUAUUGGUUGGGGCUUCUUGCUGUGGUUUGUGCAGUUUUGACUGGAUUUCUGAUCUGGUUAUGCUGAAAGCAAAAGGUGUUUUUCCCCCUUGUUCUUUUUUUAAUGGCUAUGGUGGGCUUUAGGAGGGAAAUAACCAGAGGCUUCCCUCCUCAUUGUUUAAAAAUGAGUUCACCUAGCAUAUUAAGAUGGCCCGGGCUAUAGGAGAGCACACAUUUUUCAACCAAAAUGAUUCCUUCCUCCCCUGGAAUAUGAAAUUGAUAGGAGGCUCUCCAGCAUCACUGACCCUUUGGACAUUGAAUUAUGCAAGAAGGGCUAAGUUGAAAACCCUUAUUAUUUUGCUUGCCUUGAAUAACAAAAAUCAACAAUUAUGGUUGUACAAAGCCCUCGUGCAAUCGCAUUGCAAGUAGCCUGACUCCGCAGGCUUUUCCCACGCAAGCGACGAAUGUGGCAGGUUUCGGCCAGUGAAAUUGUUCUCAAAGACAGCAUCCAUCCCAGCUGCCCAUCUUCCACAGCUGUCUUCUCUGUGCGUCUCUUGUAAGUUAACUUCUCGCUAAUUCCAGAAUUGAGAAUGUGAGCUGAGCAAACCAAUUGGGAAGGAAUGGCUAGCGUUAAGAGGCCGGUAGAAAAUGGUGGAACAUGCUGGUGUCUUGGUUUGGAACUCACAGGCUGAAGGACGGUGGAUCCUCAUUGUGUGACAGGGAGGGGGGAUGUUCUCAUAUUGCAGUGGUCUUUUGUGAGGGGUGUGGGUGUGGGUGUGAGCUUUGCCAAUGCAGCAGUCCCAGUUUCUGAUGUUGAAGCAUGGGAUGCUUUUCGCACGGAUGCCGUUAGCAGCACCUCUCCCGGUUCUUGUCUUUGCUCAGCGCUGCUGCGUAAGCUCCGGUCGUUAAAGGAGGCUUCACGGUGGUAGAUUUACUUGGUGGACAGUGCUAGUGGGUGGUGCCUGUGGAGUAUUAAAAGGGGAGUGGGGGGUGGGGAGAGCUGCGUUUUUAGCGGUGCUGAUGUCAAGCGGUGGAAUGUCUAACUGGUUUGCUAGGACUAUUUCUGUAUAUUGAAACUUUCUAAUUAUGCUUUUUAAAUAAUUUUAAAAAAACUAAAAAUAAAGGUGCCAAGCUGCCAAAUCUUC